AUGUAUGGGCACACUCAAUGCCAUAGCCAUCCCAUAUAUCAUCCACCGCCCACUCAGAUGCAAGGCCUAGCUCGGUUCAAAAUCAUAAAACCUUCUUUCUACGACCGCUACGAGUGCAAGCCCGACAAUGCACCCGGCGGUCCUGUCCUAUACAACCUUGCCAUCUCAAGUAAUCAGAAGAAGCACCCCGACUUGGUCCUGAACGCCGAGGGGAAGAUAUUUCGCAUUGGUCUCGGAGAUCCGCUAAAUGUUCGGUGGACAGAAAUGCUGUACCGCGGAAAGGACAAAUACGGCUGGACAUUUACCUUUAAUCUUCCAAACACAGGACGGCCCGUUCCAAUGACUUGGAGGAAGGGCAACAGUGUAGCUGUAGACGGUAUGAAAGCUUCUCGUUUGAGCGACAAUAACUUCAAGCUGCUGGACCCAAAUGGCCAGCUCAUGGCAGUCUUUACAAGCCACACCAUGAGCUUGCGUCUCAGUGCCGUUGGAACUUUGCAGAUCAACAUAGAUCUCGGCCCUAUGUCUGAGUAUGCCGUCAUCACAACUUUCCUGCCCAUCUACGACUUUCAGACGCGCGAAGAAGACAUUCGAUCAAGUCGUAUCAGGGCUGCGGGUGCCGCUGCCUCCAGUAGUUGUUGUUGA